AUGAUUAAAAAUACAAAAAACAAACAACCUAAAAAUAAAAUUGGAAAUAAUAAAAUAAAACGUGUAAAAUUUAGAAGAAUUAAAAAAAUAAAAUUCAAAGAUGAAAAAAUACCAGUAGAAAAAAAAAUAAAUAAAGUGAAAAUAAAGAGGAGCAAAAAAAAAUUGGACACUAUCUAUAAAAAGAAAGAAUAUAAAAAAAAAUUAGAAAAACAGAAAGAUGAGUUUUAUAAUUUACAACAACAAUUAAAAAAACAAAGUUUUGAUAACGAAAAGUACUGCAUUUUUGUGUUAAGAAAUAAUGUUGAUUGUAUUUAUAAUGCUCCCAGAAGAAUCCUUCAAAAAUUAAAUUUAAAUAAUAAAUAUGAUGGCAUAUUAUUAAUUAAUACAAAAAAAAAUAUGAAAAACUUAUUUAUAUUAAAUCCUUACAUAUGUUAUGGUUAUAUAAAAAAAUACAAUUUUUAUAAUUUAAUGGAAAAAAGGCUUUUCAUAAAAGAUGAUAAUAAUCAAAUAAAAAGAAUAAAUGGCAAUAAAAUGAUUGAAAAUCUAUUUGGGAAAUUUGGGAUUUUUUCUUUUUCGUCGUUUUGUGAUUACAUUUUCGAAUGUCAAGAAAAUGCAGAUAUCAUUGCAAAAAAAUAUAUUAUGCCCUUUGAUUUUUCAUUUUUAAAUAAUAAAAUGACUUUUGAUUUUUUGCAAUUUAAAAAUGAAUUUAAAGGAUUUAUGAAAGAAGAAAUUAAUGAAAUAUUGGAAAAAAUAAUUUAA